ACAGAGAGGGGGGGGGGGGUUCUCUAUGGUGAAGAUGAGUCUGGACCCUGUGCAGGUGAUGAGCGGACAGGUCAAGGAGCUCAAAGUGUCCCCUUCAUCCAACGGGGACAGCAGAGAAUCAUGGGAAGAGAAAGAAGAGUUCGAUCAGCAGCACUUGGGCCUCACCACCAAGCCAAAAUCAGUGACAGGGAGACGAACCCGGAAGGUGGAGGGAGGCGUGUUCUUCCCAAAGCCAGAGAACGCAGUGACCAUUGCAGUUUCCUCUCGGGUCUUGUUUCGGACCGAGCGAGAGCAGAGGGUGUUUGAGCAGAAAGGGGUGGAGGAGUAUUUGAGGUACCAAAUCGAACACGAGAACGAACCCUUCGCCCCCGGACCUGCUUUCCCCUUCGUCAAGGCUCUGGAGGCAGUGAACGCUCGUCUGCGGGAGCUGUACCCACAAAGCGAAGAACUAUUUGACAUUGUUUUGGUGACGUACAACCAUGCCCACGUAGGAAUCCGACUCAUCAACACCAUCAACCAUCACAAUUUGUUUAUUGAGAGGUUUUGUAUGACGGGGGGAAGCAGUCCUAUUGGCUACCUGAAGGCCUGGCACACCAACCUCUACCUGUCAGCUGAUGCUGACAAGGUCAGGGAGGCACUGGCUGAAGGCAUCGCAGCAGCCACCAUGUUCAUGCCAGAGAAGCUGACGGAGGUAUCGGAGUCCCAGCUGAGGGUGGCGUUUGAUGGUGACGCUGUCCUCUUCUCUGAUGAAUCGGAGCGCAUCUUCAAGGCCCACGGGCUGGACAAGUUCUUUGAACAUGAGAGGGACAACGAGGACACGCUGUUGGAUCAUGGCCCCCUGAAGGGCUUCCUGGAGGCACUGGGGAAGCUCCAGAAAAAGUUUUACGCCAAAGGCCAGCGCCUGGACUGUCCCAUCCGAACAUACUUGGUCACAGCUCGCAGCGCGGCCAGCUCUGGGAUCCGGGCGCUGAAGACACUCAGGGCCUGGGGCUUGGAGAUCGACGAGGCCUUGUUCCUCGCAGGGGCACCGAAGGGCCCCAUGUUGGAAAAGAUCAGGCCUCAUAUCUACUUUGAUGAUCAGAUGUUUCAUGUGGAGGGAGCGGCCGAGAUGGGCACCAUCGCUGCCCACGUGCCCUACGGUGUGGCACAGAAACAUACGGCCAAACAGAACACUAGUGUGGGGAAGUAGACAGCAGGACUUCAGGUGCCAAUGACAACAGAAGGACUAUGGGAUGGAGAAACAUCUUAGAGAAAAGCAAAGUGAAGCUCAGAAGUUUCAGAGCAUGGAGACAUGAACUUGUACUGAAUUAUAUGUGGAAAUGCAUCAUUUCCAGAAUGUAGCAACUGUACUGUGAGUUUGUUUGAUCACAUGUAAACAGUCUCAAUGCCAUCAUGCAAGGAGUUACAAACAGGUCUGGGUGGAGCAUUUUACACUAUGUCAAAUCUCCAGUCGACUCAGUACUGAUGUGUUUGUCAGAUCUUGUGGUAUAUGGGAAAUUCAAAGGUGCUUGAUUGCCAUGGCGACCCGCAACUUCUCUCACUACUACCUGUCUUCAUAGAGAAGACACCUCGUCAGCGAAUGCAUGAGGAUACUGAAGGAAUGGCUUCGGUGAUAUUUACAUAACUUGAGUAAAGCACAGAGACGACACUGUAUGUUGGCAUUAAAUGAGCCAUGAACACGAUGCAGAGAUAUUAUAAAGAUUAUUAUAGUGAUGUACUGUAGCACAAGAGUCAGCAUUUAAAGUUUAUGUGUCAAAGUUUGACUUCACACGAAUGUAAAAUUGUUUGUUUGCAAUGAUACAAAAUGUGUUGUAUGUUACUGAAGAUAGUAAUAUUAUGUACUAUUGUAUUAGUACGAAACAAAUACAGAAAGCCAUAAGUUUCA